CGCAAAGCAUUAUGGGAAGUGUCACUUUUACAAGGCAGCCAUGGCAACGUAUGGCGGGCAGCAGGCAGGAGACGGCCGGCCUAACUUUUGUCUUUUUUUUCUGCUGGAUGGUUCCGCCCCUUUUGUCUCUUUUUAAUUUGCUUUUCUUUUAAUGCGCCUCUCCUUUACCUUUCUAUAUCAUGUUGACUCGACUUUUUUUUCUAGGUGACGUCACGAAAGUUCCCUCGCUCGUCAUGGCGGAGCGCCGAUGAAGCAGUUUAUUUGUUAAUCGAACAAACAGCCAUGUUUGCUUCUCUACGAUUCUACGAAAGUUGACUUGAUUCGAGUGAUUACUUCCGCUCCUCGCCGUCAUGUCGGCGGGGAAGGAGCCCGCGGACGCCGGUGGGAACGGCCUGUUGCGAGGCGGUCGGAGCAGCAAGUCUUACGGCAGCCUGGUCCGGUCCAAUGUGUCUCCGGUCCGACGGAGACCCAUCGAACAUUGCAUCCAGCCCGGCGAAACACUUCAAGGCCUCGCCCUCAAAUAUGGAGUCACUACAGAGCAAAUCAAGCGAGUCAACCGUCUGUAUACCAACGACUCCAUCUUCCAAAGGAAGUCCUUGUCCAUCCCUGUGCCGUCACGCUCGGAGGCUCACCAAGAGGAGGAGGACCAAGGUGAACGCUUGAACCAUGAGCUGUUCCGGGAUGAUAAGAGCCCGACGGCGAGCCCCAAAGAGUUGACGGCGACGGAUUUCUUAAGCCGAUUGGACGGCGUUAUCAGCGAGUCCAAGCGGGCGGCCGCCAGGAGAUGGCAGGAUGCAGAGAAGAGGCUGGCCGAUCUAGAGGCGCUUUGCUCCAGCAGGAUGAACGAGCGUCCGGCGGCGGCGCCGCCGCCACCGUCGGCCGCCGCCGCCGCCGUGCCGCUCACCGCCACCAAGCUGACAAUGAAAUUGCGGGAGCGAGAGGACGACAUCUUUGAGCUGUGAAGCCACAACGCUAACAUAGUCUGACACUGAACCUGGGUAUGCUUUGAAAUCUAUCUUUUUAACACUAUUAGAUCCAUAUGUGGUAUGCGCCUCUAUGCGACAUGUCACAUGGAGGCAAGUCACAUGGUGGCGGUCACAUGAUGGCGAUCACGAGAGCGUGCCUCACAGGCCCUACAUGCACAACAAUAGGCAAUAGUGUUCUCCGCUUAUUAACUUAUUCACCAAAAACUGAAGCUUUUUGACACAGAGCACAUGAGUAUGACUAAUUCAUUUAAACAUGUUGAGAUGGAGGGAGGGAGGGAGGAGUGUGAUCAAUCUGUCUAUGUAGCUUUUGUAAAGUUUAAUAAACAGUCUAAAAAGUA